CCUAAACAAUGGCCACAGGUAGUGCGCCCGAGUUUUGGCCACCCCCGAGCACGAGUGUCAAGGGGAGAUGUUUUCGUACAAGACAGGUGUUAUAUUUUGAUGGCUAACCAUCCCUGACUCGUACAAUGCAAAAGUAUUUCCCCGGGCACUUGUGCAGUAUCGGUAGAUUCUCGAGUUUCUUUGCUAUGCUGCGCCAAUCCAAUAGUAUCACUACCGCACGACAAGGCCUUAUUCCUCCCCAAAAGGUGCUUCAGCUAGGUGUCUGGCAGUUAUUCAGAUCUUCAGCUUGGUUUGGCGCAUUGCUCUUUAACCCGCACAAACACCCUCUCCAAUCCCGGAGAUUAGGGGAGGAUCCCGCUUCUUCUUGUCGUACUCUAUUGGCUCUGAACGCUCGGUUGCCAUUCCGGCAGGUAUUUUGUUUGGGGGGGAGGGGUGUAGGAUGGAUGUUAGAAAUAUCAAGAGAGGAGGUGGGAUGUGGAGUGGUGCAUACGCGCGCGGGGCAUUUCGCCGACUCGGUUCCCUGCGCAUGGUGUCCUGACGUGGGGGCUUUCAGCUGGCAAUUCCAUUGCUCGGAGAGCAGUUAUUGCACUGAAAACGAUGUCUAUAUAAAUCCUCCUCCCCCCGUCACAUCAGAUCCCUCCCCAGCAGCAAUCUCAAGCUCAACCCCAAUAUCCGAUCAUAUCGCAACGAGUACGCAUACCCAUAUCUCUAGCCAACGAAGACAAAAAUGUCAGGAAUCUUCUAUGUCUACAUAAAAUAUGCCCGCGAAACCGACACCAAACGUGCCGACUGGGGCCGUCACCUCCUGACCUUCGAGUCCCGCUGGGCAGCCGACGAGCUCUUCCGCGGCCUUCAAACCCUCAAGAACGCCGCCGGCGCCAACCGCUAUAGCAAGCUACAGCGCGUCAACCCGCAACUAUGGUACUACGACACGAUCGACGGGGACCCGUGGUGGACCAUCAUCUACGUUCAGCGCGAAAACGCCCUCCCGGAAUUCAACUACAAGCUCAUGUCCGUCAUCCUCGGUGACGCCGACUCGGGCCGCAACUGGCCUGUCUUUUCCAACCCCACUAUUGGCCCCGACUGGAUCUCCAGCAAGAACUUUUAUAUCCGCAACCGUCGCCAGCCUGACCUGUACUGGUAUCGUGAUAGCGGCAGGAUCGUUGUUUCCACCACCCGCAGGACCAAGUUCCGCAUCAAGGAUGUGGACUACGACAAGGAGAGGGUGCUUAUCAGGAAUGAUAAAGUUACCAUUGAGCCUGUUGACGGCCUUGGCGACACUGCCGGGUAUUAUGUGGCCAAGGGUGCGGAGGGCCAGAAGUUGAGUGUUGGAUUGGUUAAGGAGACUUGGCGGUUUUCGGAACUAUUCGAUGGUAUUGGGGUCACGUGGUCUACUGAGGAGGGGUUUGUCACUGGGACCCAGUUCGCUACGAAUGCACCUGAUGCUGGGGAUGAGUGGGAGCUUUGCUAG